GAAUUCUACUUUCUUGACACAUGUGAAAUUCCGGAGAAUAUUUACCCAUUAAAUAUAGAGAGGGGAAUUGGACGAUUGCUUGUCCAAUACGACACGACGUAUUUUUCUUAUUUGAACCGAAGUUGGCCCUUUCAUCUUUUCACCAUAGCACUGAUAUUGAAAGCAUCAUAGAAACAACAACUUUCAUCAAUUUUUCUUCCAAAGACAUUUUUCUAAUCUACCAUGCCUACUGCAAUUUUCCGUUCCAAGCCAGACGCCCCUGUUGCGUAUGAGCUCUUUCAAGGAGAUGCAGCUAGCAGUCUUCUUGUAGUCUGCCUUAAUGGUCUUGGGCUUGCCCAAACCAGCUGGAGACCAACUAUUGAGCUCAUUCAGCAGUCAAAUAUCUCCCCAAAGCCAUGGAUACUUACUUACGAUCGCUAUGGCCAAGGCGCUUCUCCAAAGGAUCCGCGCGAAAGCUUGCCGAACAAAGAUCCUGGCUAUGCGCACACUUUGGAUGAUGUUACCGACGAUCUUCAAGAAUUGAUUCAAACUGUUUCACCUGAUCGUUCAUCACGUAUCGUCUUUGUGAACAACAGCAUAGGCGCACACGUCGCGCGAAGAUACGCUGACAGAUAUCCAAAAAUUGUCGAAGGGAUCUUGUUCCUUGACUCGAACCCUGGGAAUACUGACUACGCCAUGAUAUGGCCUAAUCCGAAGGACCCAUCUUUUGAUCUGGAAAGAAUGACUCCUCCUGGCACUUCGCUUGAAGUAUACGAGGCCGCCUACACCAAGAUGACAUCAAUAUUUGCCCCAACUUCAAAAAACGGCGAAGGUUUUGACCGCCGAGACAUUAAGACCAUUCUACCGAACCCGUCAGAGCCCAAGCUCAAAGGAUCAAAGACUUCAGACAAAGGUCCUUGGAUAACUGUUGUGGGUCAUGAGCUCGAACAAUUCUCAAAGGAGGAGUGGGCAAUGUUAAAGGUUCCUUUGGGCAUGGCUGCUAUGUAUACUCAACCAAUGUGGGAAAAGUACAAUGAAGACCUUUGUAAACUCACUGAUCAGGACAGGGCCAAGGGGCCAAUCAUCGCACCAGGGUGUGGACACUUUGUUCAUAAAGACAACCCGCCGUUUGUCGCUGAGCAGCUAGAAGAUCUCAUCUUGAAAGUGGAAAGUUCCAAAUGAUUAUGUAAAAGGGUUUGAGAGUUUCCCUGUUGAUAUUAAAGAAUGAACAGUUUUUCUUGGUAGCUUUCGCGAUGAUUAUCAAUAAUAUGAAUUCUAUAAAGAGGGUCAAAAUAAAUCUUGCCUGUUUUCCUGUUUAUAGAGAACUUUUUCAGAAGAAAACUUAUAAAUCUAUAUUUGAUAUACUUGAAGAAUUAGUACCUACUCGAUACUUUAUAUUAGAGAUAUAUAGACUAAUGAUAUACUUUCUAUUUA